AUGUCAGACGACGCGGAGUCGACAGACGGUUUAAACGCCGAGGAGGUUCAAGAGAAGGAGGAGGACGUGAAUGCCAAGAUUUUCCCCUUGGCUUCCCCCGAGCUGACAAAUCAAAUUUUGGAUGUUAUACAAAGGGCAACUGUGUAUAGGCAGUUGAAGAGGGGAGCCAACGAAGCUGUCAAAAGUCUACACAAGGGAAUAUCCGAGUUGGUGGUUCUCGCUGCGGAUGCGAAGCCACUCGAAAUUAUAUCACACAUUCCUCUUGUUUGUGAAGAUAAGGUGAGUUUCUGCUGA